AUGCCUUCCGCCAGGGACCUCAAACGUGCUCUGGACCGCGUCAGGACAGCCAUCCCAGCGCAAAGGAAGCUCGAGGGCGACAGGCGCAAUAUUCGUCUCGGCCUGGAGCGUAUCACCCGAGCAAUCCAAAAGGAGCAAUCUUGGACAGGAGUCCACGUUGGAGGGACCAAUGGCAAGGGCUCGAUAUGCACGCUCCUUUCCUAUAUGCUUAAGCAAUCGGGUGUUAGCCAUGGCGUCUUUACAUCCCCGUCUCUCUUUGGCGCACGCAAUGGAAUCACAAUCAAUGGAAUGUAUCCAAACGAAAGGCUCUACGAGUCCGAGAUCAGAAGCGUGCAGACCCGGUUUCACAGGGCCGCCUCUGGCUGGACAUUUCAGACUGGCGAGGAUCCUGGCGAGCUGACGCCAUUUGAACUCGACACGGCUGUUGCAUUCCGAAUAUUCAAUACGCUGCGCGUGAAAUACGGCAUUGUCGAAGUUGGCAUGGGUGGUGGCUCCGAUGCCACCAAUGCCAUGCACGAAAAGGGCGUCACUGUGAUAUCCAAGAUUGGUCUCGACCAUCAAGAGUAUCUGGGGAACACGAUUGAAGAGAUUGCGGGUGUCAAAGCCGGCAUCAUGCGGCCAUUUGUACCCUGCGUCAUCGAUCAUACCAACUCGAUCGAAGUGCUGCGCGUGCUCACAGACCAUGCACGCAGUAUUGGCGCCCCAUACUACUUGACCGACGACCAUACCGAAUUGCUAACUCCAAUUGAUGCGGACAAGUACCAACUCGAGGACUAUGAGAGACAAAAUCUGCUCUGUGCGUUGUUAGCUUUCAAGAAGCUCCUCCCUGACAUGGAAAUCGACCUCAACAAGCUGCUGUCGAAGCGCCCAUACCCACCCGGGCGAAAGGACCUAAUUUCGGUGCGCGAUCUUACCAAUGGACUUCGCGAGCAGCCCAUAUUUGUCGACGGCGCGCAUAACAUGCUCGGCGUCCAGGCUCUCGCGACCUACAUUGAUAACCAAAUGCGCCAGGGCGACGAGCCCGUCACCUGGAUCAUGGGCCUCUCGGCAAGCAAAACGAAACCCUUUGCCUCCCUCAUCGAGACGCUGCUGCGGCCGCAGGAUCGUUUCGCCUUUGUCGAGUACCAGCCGCUCCCCAACGAGCCGUCGGCGGCACCUGCCCAGCUCGGACGGGAGAUUGCCGAAUCCAUCGUGACCAGCCCCGAGCAGCUCUACGACGGCGACCCCAGCGUCGACGCGGCCGUCCAGUGGGCGUGCGACAAGGCCGGUGAGCAGGGCCCCAUUGUCGUCACGGGCAGCCUGUAUCUCAUCCGCGAGUUGUACAACACCGAGGGCGUGCACACGCGGCGCAAGUUCAAGACGAUGCGGCCCGGGCGCUCGCAGCUGUGGUACUACACGCAGCUCGCGCAGACGCGUGAGCUGACUGAGGCGGAGGCGCGCGAGUUCAAGCAGGCGCGUCGCCACUGGCGCCUCAACCCGAUACGCAGCUCUGCCCUCGUCGCCCCCGACGAGAGCAGCAACCAGGAGCCGCCGCGCACCUCGGCCAUUGUGUCCGACGAGACGAAGAAGGUGCACAGCCGCGCCGCAUACCACCAGAACCAGGCCACGCGCUAUGCGCAGGCCAUUGAGUGCAUCGAGCUCGAUACGGAAAAGGGCGUGCCGACCAGGAAAGGGGCGGCGCCGGCCGAGCGCGUGGACAUGGUGCGGACCGUCAAGGAGCUGAUUCGGCGCCAGGGCGAGCACAUUGCCGCGUACCAGGACGCCAUGUACAAGCUACGCGGCUACCGGGUCGCCAUCCCCGAGAUGAAGUUUAUGAGCUAUUCGCAGAUUUACGGACGUCCGCCGGGCCCUGCACGCCGCAAACGAGAGCAUGCUCCUAAGCAAGAUGGAGGAGAUGAGAGCGCAGAGCUGCGACCGAAAUCUCAACCCGGAACUCAGUCGGAUGGCUCGAAGCAAUCAGAUGCAGACAACGGUGAAAGGAGCUAA